AUGCACCAGUUUCAGGGGCCUACGUCACCGGCCUGUAUCUUUGGGGAUGUGGCGCGUCCUACGGACGACAAGUCCAUGAAGGUGGUCCGGCUGUUCAAGGAGCCGCCCAUGGCCCAGAAAAAGGAGGUGUAUGACUGGUACCCUCAACACAAGAUCUACUAUGCCCUGACACAGAAGCUACGAUACAUGGGACUCUUCAGAGAUGAGCACGAGGACUUCAAGGAGGAGAUGCGUCGGCUGAGGAAACUGAGAGGCAAGGGGAAACCCAAGAAGGGCGAAGGAAAGAGAGCCACCAAGAAGAAAUAAGCACUUACUUGCCCUGUCAUAUAGGACCUAUGAGGGAAUCACAACAGUCCUCGUUUGCUCUGGGACACCAGAGGAACGUCCUCCCUAACUGUGUUCAUAACGGUACCAUGUGACCCCACUCAGGAUGUUCAUAAUGAAUGGAUCCUUGGAACAGCUGAUGAUGUGUUAAGAGGAUCCUUUCCUACCCCAUCACUGAAGAUCCUGUCUGACUAGUGACCAGUCUUUGACUGCUGUGUGUUGUGAGGAUCCUUUCCUACCCCAUCACAGAAGAUCCUGUCUGACUAGUGACCAGUCUUUGACCGCUGUGUGUUGUGAGGAUCCUUUCCUACCCCAUCACAGAAGAUCCUGUCUGACUAGUGACCAGUCUUUGACCGCUGUGUGUUGAGAGGAUCCUUAACUACCCCAUCACAGAAGAUCCUGUCUGACUAGUGACCAGUCUUUGACCGCUGUGUGUUUGGUACAUAAAGCAUUUCUGUUCAUUGUUUUACAAGAUGUUUCAUUAUGUUUCAGUUGUUUCCACGUUGUCAUCAGCUCUCCGUUGUAAUACUCUCUGUGCAGUGAAUGUGUGAAGGAGAACCGGACGCCAUCAGUACAUAUGUGAUGCUGGUAUGUUCCUGUUGACGAGACAAAGCUGGGUACAUAGAACUGUGAUGCUGGUAUGUUCCUGUUGACGAGACAAAGCUGGGUACAUAGAACUGUGAUGCUGGUAUGUUCCUGUUGACGAGACAAAGCUGGGUACAUAGAACUGUGAUGCUGGUAUGUUCCUGUUGACGAGACAAAGCUGGGUACAUAGAACUGUGAUGCUGGUAUGUUCCUGUUGACGAGACAAAGCUGGGUACAUAGAACUGUGAUGCUGGUAUGUUCCUGUUGACGAGACAAAGCUGGGUACAUAGAACUGUGAUGCUGGUAUGUUCCUGUUGACGAGACAAAGCUGGCUACAUAGAACUGUGAUGCUGGUAUGUUCCUGUUGACGAGACAAAGCUGGCUACAUAGAACUGUGAUGCUGGUAUGUUCCUGUUGACGAGACAAAGCUGGGUACAUAGAACUGUGAUGCUGGUAUGUUCCUGUUGACGAGACAAAGCUGGGUACAUAGAACUGUGAUGCUGGUAUGUUCCUGUUGACGAGACAAAGCUGGGUACAUAGAACUGUGAUGCUGGUAUGUUCCUGUUGACUGAGACAAAGCUGGGUACAUAGAACUGUGAUGCUGGUAUGUUCCUGUUGACGAGACAAAGCUGGGUACAUAGAACUGUGAUGCUGGUAUGUUCCUGUUGACGAGACAAAGCUGGGUACAUAGAACUGUGAUGCUGGUAUGUUCCUGUUGACGAGACAAAGCUGGGUACAUAGAACUGUGAUGCUGGUAUGUUCCUGUUGACGAGACAAAGCUGGCUACAUAGAACUGUGAUGCUGGUAUGUUCCUGUUGACGAGACAAAGCUGGGUACAUAGAACUGUGAUGCUGGUAUGUUCCUGUUGACGAGACAAAGCUGGUGAUUUACACCUGUUCUGAGUAACACCAGGUGUCAUGAAUAAAAUACUGAAAACAAA